AUGAGGGCUUUCCUGUGCCUGGCCGUGCUGGCCACCCUGUGCCUCGCAUGCGCGGCCAAGAAGCAUGACAAACACCACUCCCCUCCCGUCUGGCCCGCACAAUACAAGGUCUCUUUCAACCUGACGGUGCCUUACAUCGACACGUACCAGAAGGGCAGAUUCACGUAUGUGUACGACGUGUGGCAAGACGUCAAGGAGAUCCGGCAGAAGGUGGUGCGCAACGGCGUCGAGACCGUGCUCUCCAUCGGCUCGGAGGACAAGCGCUACAACAUCUACCCCCACCGCGACCGCUGGGGCUGCUGGAGCUCCAGCCUGGACGGCGGCGGCGCGGGCCCCACGCUGCAGGGCGCGGAGGUGGACAGCAUGCCCCUCAAGGGCGCGGCGCAGAGCACGCUGCGCGCGCUGGGGCAGGAGCAGGGCGCGAAGCUGGUGCACGGGGAGCGCGAGCGCCUGAUCAAGGCCCUCACCUUUGUGCUCCCCGACCUGGCCGAGUCGCGGUGGGCGUACCGCGGCAAGGCCCGCCUGGCCGGCGCCGAGGCCGAUCUGUACGUCUGGGCAAUGCACGAGGAGAGCAUGGCCAUGGAGUACCGCAUGUACGUCGACCCCGCCACCUCGGCGCCCCUCCAGCUGCACCAGCUGGGCACCAACCUGCUCACCGGUGGGCACAAGGACGAGUACGUGCUGGAUUAUUAUGAUUAUGCCCCCGGCGCCGUCGCCGACGCCGACUUCGACCUGCCCACCGACUCCCACUGCGACACGCCCGACUUUGCCGUCGCGCCCAACGGCGGCGACCUGGCGGCGCGCUGGGCGGCCCACCUCCCCUCCCAGCACUGGGGCGAGCCGGCCUACGACGCCUUUGCCCACCGCCACGGCCGCCGCCACGCACACGCAGAGGAGUACGCUGCGCGCGCCGCCGAGUUCUCCGCCAACCGCGCGUUCGUCGCGCGCUGGAACGCAGACCCCAACCGCACGCACGACGUGGCGCUCAACCGCUUUGCGGACUGGUCGCGCGCGGAGUACGAGGCCGUGGUCCUGCCGCGCGCUGCAGCGGGCGCGGCCCCGCGCACGCUGUUCAGCCAGGCGCCCGGGGUCGCGCGCCACGUGCCCACCACCCCCGCACACAUGGUCCCGGCCUCGCUGUCCUGGGUGGGCACACCGGCCGACUCCCCGGUCAAGGACCAGGCGGCCUGCGGCUCCUGCUGGACCUUCAGCACCGUGGCGCCCUUCGAGGCGGCGCUGUUCCGCGAGACGGGGGUGCAGACCCUGCUCUCCGAGCAGAACCUCCUGGACUGCAACUGGAUGGAGACCAACCACGGCUGCUUUGGCGGGCAGCAAGUGGCCGCCAUGGACUGGAUCUUUGCCAACGGCGGGCUGGCCGCACAGGCGGACUACCCCUAUGUGGGCGUGAACGACUGGUGCAAGAAGGACGUGCCCAAGAAGGCCUUCACGGGCAAGGCGGUGCUGGUGGAGGGGGGCGAGGAGGCUCUGAAGGAGGCGCUCUACACCCAGGGCCCGCUCACCGUGUCGGUGGACGCCUCGGCCGACUCUUUCCGCUUCUACUCCGGCGGUGUGUACCGCAACGAGGACUGCAAGACCAAGGCCGCUGACCUGGACCAUGCCGUCAUCUUGAGCGGGUACGGGACCACCGAGGAGGGCGUGGACUACUGGCUGAUCAAGAACAUGUGGAGCACCUACUGGGGUGAGCAGGGGUACAUGAAGAUCCCACGCCACCCCAACGACUGCGGCAUCGCCGCCGAGCCCGUCUACGUGGACCUCAAGGUCGAGGGCUGA